CCAUAAUCUGUGAAUGCCAUUUUUCUCCAGGGACUGUGACAUUGCAGAUGUGCUGAGCUGGUAGUUUUACAGUCUGGCUGCUGUGGCUGCUGGGAGACGUCUGGGCUAAUUCACUCUGACUAGCAGGUAGUUACACGACAGCAGAACAGGCAGUUUAAGAAAAUCUGACACUCACUUUGAGAGGCAAAACAAAGUAGACGUCUUAAAGAAGAGGUUUAUACUCCAACAAGUUGCACCAACUGUUCAGUAGGAAUGCAGCUGGUAGCCUGCUUAGCGGUGCUGGUGCUCUGGGUGGCAGAGGCUGUAGAGAAUUGUCCCGAUGUAUGUAAAUGCACCAAGCAAACCAGCCCUGAAAGGUCAGAGGUCAACUGCCACAAGAAGGGGAUGAGGAAGUUCCCCUCCAAACUGCCCCCGGAUUCCUGGAUUCUUAAAAUGGGCGAGAACAGAAUAGUAGACCUCCCGCCAAACAUUCUGAAACCCAUCCCCAAGAUCGAAAGCAUUAACUUGGAACGCAACGUCAUCAAAUCAAUACACCCCCAGGCCUUCUCUGGAGCCCGGAGGCUGAUGCUGCUCAACCUGUUUGGGAAUCAGAUCAGCAAACUCCCCCUGAAGGGCUUCCAGGACCUGCUCAACCUCCGCUUCCUCAUGCUGGGCCAGAACCAGAUUUCCAGUGUCAAACCAGACAUGUUCACAGGCAUGAGGAACCUCUCAGACCUGGACCUGCCUCUCAACUCUCUGACUACCCUCCCUUCCAAUGCCUUCAAGCCCUUGAUCGCCCUCAAGGUCCUGGACCUGGCCCUCAACCGCAUCCAGAGAAUCUCCACCAAGGGCUUUGUGGGCUUGACGGAGUUGCUGUUCCUCAACCUAGACAACAACAGCCUAAAGAGCAUCCCGGCUGGGGCCUUCAAGCCUCUUGCCUCCCUGGAGAUGCUGGUGCUGGAUAACAACCUGCUGUCCACGCUGACCUCAGCCACUCUGGAGGGCCUGUCCAACCUGCAGGAGCUCUACCUCAGGAACAAUGAGCUGGAGAGGCUGCCCCAGGACCUAUUCAGACACACACCCAAGCUUUCCCAGCUGGCCCUCAGUGGGAACAGGCUGAAGACUGUGGAUGGAAACAUGUUCACCCAGCUGUCUGGCCUGAAAGAGGUGUAUCUCCAUGACAACCCCUGGACGUGUGACUGCAACAUCAACAACCUGGUGCGCUGGAUGUCCCAGACCAAGGCCAACCUCUCCCCUUUGGAGUCCCUGAGGUGUGUUGCCCCAGCAGGUUACCGUGACAAAGCCCUCAAUAGCCUCAAAGACCAGAAUCUGCGCUGCCGGGCCUAGACUGAAGCCACGCCAACCCUUACAAUGUGCUGCCAAGACUGGAGCCAAACCAACCUUUACUCUACACCAGCAUCCUGCAUUAGCCACGGUCCUGCUACAGAGUUACCUGUUAUACAACACUUACUACUCAGUUAUGGUCGAACAACAGCACAGUUACCCAUUUCUGUAUAACACCUACACUCUUAGAAAAAAGGGUUCCAAAAGGGUUCUUUGUGAAGACACGGGUUCUUUGUGAGGCAAAGGGUUCUACCUAGAACCUUUAACAGCAUAAGAACUGUUUUUGGAAGAAAGGGUUCUUUGAUGAUUCUUUGGAAGGCAAGAAGGGUUCUACAUAGAAUCAUAUAUCAUAUAUCCCACCAUGCUCUAUUGCAGGGUGAUUUUCAGUAUUGUUUGUUUUAAUAUCUGUGUUUUUGCAUGUACAUUGAUUGAUUGAUAUAUUUGAUGCUACACAAAGAUGAAUAGUAUACAUUUUUUCUAAACAAAUCCAAUCUGUUCAUAGUUGGAUUUAUUUCACCUGUUACUGAGAUGGUUGUUCCAGUUUAGAUGAUUGAGGUAGUCUCAGUAUUCUAUCUUCCCUACCCUGGCAGUCACUUUAAAUGCAGGUUGAGGGUGAUAACAAAUUCCACUUGUUGAAUAUCCUAACUCUGGCUGGAUUCCAACAGGAAUUAAACAUCACUUUGCAAGCCAGCAUAAUGUGACUUGCAGGCCUGAUGUUGCCUGUAAGCCAGGAGUUUCCUAACACCAUUGUGUUAGAGUAUAACUCUCAAAGAAAGGCUAUAUGAUAUUUGUAAUGUAUUGUCAUACAUAAUACCUUUUUGAAGGCUAAUAAGGCUGGUGGAACCAUUUGUAGAGGGUUCUAGGAAGAACCCUCCAAAGAUAAAAGGAUUCUCAGUAGAACCCUUCAAAGAGGGUUCUAGGAAGAACCUUUAGAUGAUAAAGUGGUUAUUGGUGGAACCAUUCAUAAAGGGUUGUAGGCAGAACCUUUCAUAGAGGGUUCAAGGUAAAACCAAACAGGGGGUUCUAUGAAGAACCCUACAUAAAGGGUUACAGGGAGAACCCUCUGCAAAAAUAGUUCCCUUAUGGGGACAAACAGAAGAACCCUACAUGGUUCUACUUAGCACCUUUGUUUCUAAGAGUGUACUGCAGCCAUCGUCCAACAACACUUUUACCUAUUACUGUGCAACACCCACACUAGCCAUGGUCCAGCCACAGAAUGACCUGUCAUUGUGCAACACCCACACUAGUGAUGGUCCAGCCACAGAAUGACCUGUCAUUGUGCAACACCCACACUAGUGAUGGUCCAGCCACAGAAUGACCUGUCAUUGUGAAACACCCACACUAGCGAUGGUCAAGCCACAGAAUGACCUGUCAUUGUGCAACACCCACACUAGCCAUGACCUGAGAACUGUAUAGUUAGCUAUUACAUUCCAACCAUAAGCCAAAGAUAUUAUAACAGUAUAACAGAAAGAGAAAGAAGAGCAAAAAGGGAUAUUUAAUAGCUUGCCCUGAGCUUUCUGUAAUUGUGGUGUUCUACUUUCCAUCAACCCCAAACAUAUAAUUGACAUCUUCUUUAACUUGCUAUUAUUGAGGCGCCCUGAGAAACAUGCUUCUGUAAUAUCCUCUGUAAUAGCUCAUUCAUCUGCGCUCCUGUUUUAGUUUAUUUAUCUUGUGUAUUUUAUAUUGUCUGAAGUAAAUUCAUUUCUAGCUUUUCUUUUCAGUAAUAUCCUAUGCUGAUAAACCUAUCAUCAUAACAUAAGCUUAUUUUCAUGACUCAAUAUGUAUAUAAGGCAAUUAUAGUAUUCCACAGAUAUGCAAUCAUUUUAUGCUUAUUAGUUUGAUAUCUUUGACGAUUUGCCUAUGUUUCUGAGCUUGUCACUGUAGAUUGUAGUCAGUUGAUCUCCUAAUCUAAAUAUACAAUAUCUCAUUGUUUCCAUUGAGUGAAACAUAUGCUAUUGCACUAGUACAAUCCUAAAACAACAUUAACUCAGUCUGUAGUCUAAUUGAUUUCAUACUGUACAUUCAUUUUGAAAUAAAGGCAAUUGUGCAAUGAA